UAGUAAUAUAGUAGGUUUGUGUUUUCUUUUAUAAAAUCGAUAUUUUCUUGGAUUUUCAUGUGAAAUUAAACUUGAUGGGUGAAAGGAAACAGAUGGACACACGUCACCACCACCACCAUUUCUAUUUCUCCCUCUUCUUCAAUAUCAAUCUCAUCUUGCACUCUAGUCUUUGCUGAGACAGUAAGCUCUUUAAAUACCUCCAGAGUCAGAAUUUUACAAUGGAGCAUGGAGGAAAGUGCAAUGCAAUUACUUCCACAACAAUAACCUUAAAAGCAAAACCACAUACCAACCCGGAUCCGAAAACCAAACCCGGUUCAGAUCCAUUCUUGAUCAAGAAAGAAAACCAAAAACCGAGGACGCGUUCCGACCAAGCAGCCAAGUACGAGGAGUGUCAGAAGAACCACGCGGCCUUAACCGGAGGACAGGUGGUGGACGGAUGCUGCGAGUUCAUGCCCGGAGGAGAAGAGGGCACUCCAGGUGCGCUAAAAUGCGCAGCCUGCAACUGCCACCGGAGUUUCCACCGGAAGGAAGUGUACGGACAUAGAAACAGUACACAAGAAGAGCUAAUAUCUCCGACGUUUUACCGUAGUAGCAACUCGUACAAGGCGAUCCAUCCACGUGGAGUGUAUCCGACGGGUGAGAUUGGACGGAGGACAUCAUCGUCGAGCGAGGAUAUGAAGAAGAUAUUGAACCAAAAUAGUGAUGGAAAAGGUCUGACGAUGAUUAUGAGGAAGAAGAAAAGGGUUAGGACAAAGAUUAACGAAGGACAAAAGAAGAAGAUGAAGGAGUUUGCACAGAGGCUAGGGUGGAGUAUUCAAAAGAAAGAUGAAGAAGAGAUUGAUAAGUUUUGUAGGACGGUGAAUCUGAGGAGACAGGUUUUCAGAGUGUGGAUGCAUAAUAACAAGCAAGCAAUGAAGAGGAAUGGUAACAUUUGUGAUCUGCAAAAGUUAAAUUAAUAAAUCCUGUUUCAUUUUUUUGCAUUAAAAUUGCUUUGAGUAUGAAAUAGUGACUAGAUUAUAGGAUUGUAGGUGCAAAUCUUGAAACCAGAAGCGUCUAUCUAUGCUAUGAUUUAUUGUGUUAAUGUGCUAUUAUUUUCUUAAAAAUUAGUCUCUGUGUGU